AUGUACAGGAGGUACGCAGAGAUCAUGGCUGAGCGUGAACGUGCUAACGCGACGCAGUUCGUCAAGAAAAAGGUGACACCGACAGUGCCAGAUGAGCCCGCUUACAUCAAGCACAUCACGACACGCACCCCGGUGUAUGCAUUCAAUCAAGCUGAACAUGACCGGCCACUAAACGACAUGGGCAAGGCCUACCUCACGAUGAUGUCAACAAGAAGAAAGGACCAGCAAGUCAAUUCCCCGGCACGGACAGCUACUUGUAAACGGCAUGUUGGCACUUGGCAUGGAUGA